AAAUUGUUAUCUUAUUCCCCAAACAAGUCCUUCUAUAAAAACCCGGCCUGGCGCAAUCAAAAUUUCCACAACAAUUAUCUCUGUUUCGCAUUUAUUUACUUUUCCCUACAUUUAAAAGAAACCCCUGAAAUUAUAAGCUGCUCAAAAAAAAAAAAAAAACCCAAUUUUUGUAAUGGCGAGACCUAAUCAAGAAGCAAUCGAGACUUUCAUCAUCAUCACUGGGGCAACCGAAGCUGUUGCCAUAGAAAAGCUUGAGGAGCAUGGUGGUGAUCUCAAUGCAGCUGUAAAUGCUCAUUUCAGCGAGGGAGAUAGAAACACCAUACAGCCAACAUCAACUGUAGUUCCUUUAGAUGAUGCCAUGGAUAUAGAUCAUCCAACUGAAGUUGUGCCAAAUAGGCCAGUCCUUCCAUUUCUCCCAACAUCUAGGACAAUGAAUCCAUUGUCGCUUUUUGAUCCAAGCUUUCAUAGAAGUUUCUUGGAUAGUGCUUCUGAUUUUACAACUCGUGCACCAUUGGUUACACAUCCAAGAGAGGUGAGAGAGGUACCGAUAGAGGCUAAAGAUAGCAGUGAGCGAUCUGAUCAUUCUGGUCAUGCUCCUGCAAUUGAGGAUGUCUCUGAAACUGCACAAGCACAUGGCCCAAAUACCCAUGAGACUGUUAUAAUUGAUGAAGUGGAUGAGGAUUCAACUGUGCAACCAAAUCAACAAAAUGAUAACUCUCAUGACCUACAUAUUUCAUCUGGUGCUCCUGCCUUUGAUAAUGACAUCGAAGAACAAAUGAUUCGAGCUGCCAUUGAGGCUUCCAAAUGGGAUGUUGAGGAAAGUGAUCCUGGGCCUCCGCACAAUCAGUCUCACUUAGAGGAGGAUGCUCAACUUGCAGAAGCAGUUUCAUUAUCCAUGAAGACAGCGGAGCAAGAGAAGACAUUGUGUGAGCAGGGUUGGUUGGCCGGGACAUCAGAAGUGGAAGCUUCUAAACCAGCUGAGGUGCAGCUUGGGAACAUGGCAGCCUCAAAUGGGAGGUUAAUAGAAGGAAGCUCUUCCCUUCAAGAUGAAGCUGAGGAUGUGAAGGAGCAGCCUCUUAGGCACGGGUCCAGCCAGACGUCAUCUGGCUCAGGAGAAUCUGCAAAAGAAGUUGGAGUUAUUGAGGCUAGUCCACCAUCAAGUCCCAGACAGCAAGGCAUAGGCAAUCUCCCACCGAACAAUGGAAACGCCUUCCCUUCUGAUGAGUGGGGAGGCAUCUCUUCCGAGGAGCAUGAUGAGGCAGUCAUGCUUGAGGCUGCAAUGUUUGGUGGAAUCCCUGAAAGUGGAUAUCGUUUUGCAUAUGCACCUCAUCAGUUCAUGCGACCUGAGGGCCCCUUUCCCUGGCGUACCCCUCAUCCUCCAUCACCCUCUUUGGCAGCUCAACGCAUGAUACGAGAACAGCAAGAUGAUGAAUAUAAUGCAUCACUGCAAGCUGACAGAGAAAAAGAGUUGAAGGCAAUUCAAGAUGCUGAAGCUCGCCGUUUAGAGGAGGAAGCAGCUAGAAAAGCAGCUCUUGAAGAAGAACAACGAAAAGAGGAAGAGUUUCGCAGGAAAAUGGAGGAGGAACAGGAAUGUGCGAGACAAUUAGCUUCUAAAGAAGCUUCUCUGCCUCAGGAGCCAGCAGCCGGGGAGGAAAAUGCUGUAACCCUUCUAGUGAGAAUGCCAGAUGGCAGUCGCCGCAGCCGCCGGUUUCUCAAGUCUGACAGGCUGCAGUCUCUAUAUGACUUCAUAGAUAUUGGUAGAGGAGUCAAGCCGGGCACAUAUAGAUUGGUGAGGCCAUACCCAAGGCGUGCUUUCAGUGAUGGAGAGAGCAGUUUGACGCUGAAUGAACUUGGCUUAACGAGCAAACAAGAAGCCCUAUUUCUGGAGUUGAUCUAAUAACAUCUAACUCCGACACGAAUAUUGUAGAAAAUUAGUUUAUUGAAAUAUGAAGAAAUGAAUGGAAUUUCUUAAGGGUUUGUGUUUGGUUGAAAUACAUGAAAUUUCAGGAGAGGAUACAAUUAAUCUGACUGACAAUGGUCAGUAUUUGCUUUUUGUUGAUGGGUUUCAAUUGAUCGAAGGGAAUGUAUUAUAUAUAUCUAGUGAUUUAUGAUAUUAAAAAGGUCAGAGUACUUCUCAUGAAA